ACAUUCAAAAAUGGCCACGCUGAUUGUAAUAUGUGUUCAAACUCAUGACCUGACCCACUUCAGAAGCAGAGAAGGAAAGGCUUCUUUACGGGACUGGGGAGCUGUCAUUGUCCAAAAAUGACCGCAAAAAUUUAAUUACCUCUUAACAAGAAAUUAAAAUAGUCCGGAUGGCAAAGGCAAACAACCUACGUUCCCCGCAGCUUGUCUAAAACUAUUUAUAGAUAAAUUACAACUCCGUUCCAAAACUCUCCCAUUAUUUUCCUAAAUCCCUGUUCUCUCCCCGUUCCCCUUCCCGUCCGACCCACCGGCGGCGACACCAGCAGCCGGCGACCAUGCGCCAACGAAAGAACCUCCGUGACAUCAUUGGAAUUCUCAAGGACAAAGCUUCCUUGAUCAAGGAAACCCUCUUGUCCCCGCGCCACGCGUCUCCUCGCGCUGCCGUCCUCCGCGCCACCACCCACGACGCCUCCGCUCCGCCGCCGGAGCAUCACGUCUCCGCGGUGCUCGCCCACGGCGAUGGGCCCCGCCACGCCGCCGGCGCCACCGUGGAAGCCCUCAUGGACCGACUCCACCGCACCCACACGGCCCCCGUGGCCCUCAAGUGCCUCUACGUCCUCCACAGCAUCGCCGCGCGCGGCAGUUUCAUCCUGCGCGACCAGCUAUCGUUCUACCCCUCCACCGGCGGCCGCAAUUUCCUCAACCUCUCGACGUUUAUCGACAAAUCGGAGCCCUAUGCCUGGGAGCUGUCGUCGUGGGUCAGGUGGUACGCCGCUGUCUUGGAGCGGAGCCUGACGGCGUCGAGGGUGUUGGGUUCCUACUUCUGUUCGUCUUCAAGAACAAAGAAAAAGGAUAAAGAAGCAGAGAAAAUCUCUGGGCAAUUGAAUUCAGAACUAUUGGAAGAGAUGGGGGCUUUGGUAACCUUGGUUGAAGAAAUUUGCGAAGCUCCCGAAUCGUUGCAUCUUCAGAAGAACAAUUUGGUCUACGAGGUGGUAAGAUUGGUGGGUAAAGAUUAUGGAUUGGCCCAGCACGAGAUUUUCAUCAGGAUGAGAGAACUCGGCGACAGAACGGAGAGGUUGAGUUCCGAUGAUUCGGCCGAGUUGAUUCGGGUUCUGGAGAGGCUGGAAGAUUGCAAAGAAAAGUUGGUCUUGCUGUUUGUGAACCGACAAAGAAACGAUCUGUUCUGGGAUUUGGUGGGCGAAACCAAGACGAAGCUUUUGAUCAGGAAGAAGGAGCAAGAGGAGAGGAGGCUGGUUGCAGUGGCGCGGAGAGGCGAAUCAAGCGAGCUGACUCGGUACGGAGGGGAAGUGGCCGGGCGGCCGGAACAGUUGUUCCGAAUGUCGGUCAGUGGUUCGUGGCUGGACGCGGACCGGCUGGCCUUGACGGUUUCAGCAGUGGGGUGAGAGAGAGGCCACGUGGAAAAAUUAAAACAGCAGUAAAGUUGUUUUGAGUUGGAGUUUUUGCAGUGAUGUCCCUGUUUUAGUGCUUUUUUUUCUUUUUGAACCUUUAGUUUAGAUAUUUUACACAAAGUUUACAGAUUUUAUUUUAUUUUAUUUUUUCUUUCA